AGAAAAGAUCCAAACACCAGUGCCAAUGAAAUCCCACGGAAACAACAUAUGUGUACGACUUGUCAUAUUGUCAAAUUAUUGCCGCCGUUUGAACUCAAUGCAACGGAGUUACAGCUUCAUUCUGGAGCCCCCAUAUCCAGUGGGUACCCCGGUCCAGAUACUGGGCUUGUGGGAGGUCUAUGAAGACAGUUUCACAGGAAGGAAAUUUUAUGUCCAUUCCAUUAGCAAACAGAAAACAUGGAAGCCGCCAAGAUCCGCCCCACCGGUUCCACCCAAAAAUAAUAUUACGGCCUUAUCAGAAACCUGUAAUGAAACAUUCGAUUCCGAUGCCAAAGACCCUGGCGCCGUACAAAUGAGGAUCAGGAAUGCCAAUCUGAAACUGGAAAGGCUUUGCCAAGCCAAGUCCUUGGUUCUUGAUGAAGCUACCAAACCGAUCUCGCGCCAUCGAAGAAAUCAUUCGCAACAAUUCGUGUUGGACACCAGUGGCUCAGAAAAUAUUUUGGUAAAUAGAAAUAAAGAAGGAUUUUUGAAUAAAACCAAAAUAGCAGAAAAGGGCAAAAAAUUAAGGAAAAACUGGGUUACAUCCUAUACUGUGCUCUCUGGUCCAAAACUGGAGUUCUAUAAAGACGCCAAAGAUCAAACUGCAUCAGACUUGAGGUCAAGCACUAAGCAAGAACGCAUAGAUCUGCGUGGGGCUUCUGUUGAGUGGGCAAAUGAAAAAUCGAGCCGGAAGAACGUUUUCCAGAUCACAACGUUAUCAGGAAAUGAGUUCCUUUUCCAGUCAGACGCAGACAUUACCGUCCAGGAAUGGUUUCGUGCAAUCAGAAACACAAUUGACAGUUUGGGAAGAGAAAAAAAGAGUCCUCCACUGUGUGGAAACAUUGAGAAGACUUCAAAUAUAGAACUUUUACAUCUAGAAGGUGAAAACACCAAGGAGCAUAAACACGAGCAAAGAAAAUCGCUGAUAUUUAAAUUAAACUACAGUGCGUCAGACACCUCUGAGCGGAACCGGGUGAAAACUAGACUAAAGAAAUUCAUCUCCCGACGACCAUCCCUGAAAACUCUUCAAGAGAAGGGGAUUAUUAAAGAUCAAGUGUUUGGCUGUCACCUGGAGACUCUCUGCAAAAGGGAAAAUGAAACAGUGCCACGCUUCGUAACACAAUGUAUUGAGGCUGUUGAGAAGAGGGGAAUGGAUGCUGAUGGGAUAUACAGAGUCAGUGGGAACCUGUCCACGAUACAGAAACUACGAUUUAUUGUAAAUCAGGAAGAGAAGCUGAAUUUGGAUGACAGCCAGUGGGACGACAUCCACGUUGUCACCGGAGCACUCAAGAUGUUUUUCCGAGAGCUGCCUGAGCCCCUGUUCCCAUACCGCUUCUUCGAGCAGUUUGUAGAAGCAAUAAAACUGCAGGAAAGUCAUCUUCGUGUCAAAGCGCUGAGAGACCUUGUGUGGAACUUACCACCGGCCAACCGCAACACCAUGAAAGCUCUUUUUGAGCAUCUCAGAAAGAUUGUGGCCAAGGCGUCUGUGAACCUUAUGUCAACACAAAGCCUAGGAAUCGUUUUCGGACCAACGCUUCUUAGACCAGAGAGCGACAUGGGAAACAUGGCCGUUUGCAUGGUUUACCAAAAUCAGAUAGUCGAAAUUAUGUUAACCGAAUUUGAUAAAAUAUUCUCUUGAAAAAAGCUCAACUGAGCAGGAUUGGUAUCUAAAUGUUCACAUAGAUCAUGGUUUUCUGCUUGUUUAGAAAUAAUAGAAAGUUCAUGAAAAGAUCUGCAGAAAGAUGGCAACCUCUUUAUAAUUUGGUAGUUACGACCUAAACAAUGUUUACUAUACCACAAAGUGCAUUGAUUCAAGAGUUAAUACUGAUAACUAGACAACCCUCCCAUACACCUGGUUUUUUCCAUAGCAUAGUGCUCUAUACGCCAUAUAACUGUUUAUUUUGGCUCUUCCAGCAGAGGGGGAGUUGACAUCUCCUGAUCUCCUUUCUGAUGAUUGGCAUAUGAUUAGCAACACCACGGGCACAGUCAGCAGAACAGAUGAUGUUUUAACUAAUGACUCCCACAUACCAAGUCUAAACAUUGUACUGUCUUCGUUAAUAUACAACAUUGUUCCUUUUUAAUUCUACACUUUGAACAAUACUCUUAGAUAUCAAGGCUUGUUUACAACGUAACACGUCUAAAUAUGUCUUAUCAUAAGGGCGACUUCAUAUACAGUGUAUUCUGAUGAAAAAUUAUAGAUCUAAGAAUGCGUUAUUGUUAUAUUGGGUAUUUCACCUUAAUACCUACUUUUAUACUAUACAGUCAUGUCACAGGAAAAUAAAUAAAUCUAUAUAUACAGGUAUAGGACCCCUUAUCCAGAAUGC